CUGAGCGAUUAUAUUCCCAGUUUAUUAAAAUUUAUUUGAUUUAAAAUAAAAACAGCGGAAUAGAAUGAGGAUUAAAACAAGGAGACGUGAAUUAUAAACCGUUCGAGAUUUUAAAAAAUCCUUUCGUUUUUGUUGUCGCUUCGUUUCGUCCUUGUCUUUUUUUUUAAAAAAUUAACGGUCGUUUUGUUUUAACCGACCGCUAGACUGCGCUGUCCGAGAUGCCUCAGAUUUCGGAGCCGGGUGUGUUGUUUCCUCCAGCGGGAUAAACCAGCCCUAACCCUCCCUCCCUGUCCUCAGCAUCCCCUUUCUGCAUUGAGGAGGAAGGAGAAAGAGAAAAGAGAGAGAUAAAGACACGAAUGUAGGAUUAUGAGCCGUCCUUUCACCGACCUCUGUCACCGUAACGGUAUCCCUCGUCCUCCUUGCUCCCGAAACACAGCGGAAUGAGAAGCUGCAACCAUGAUGGAAGGACUGAAAAAGCGAACCCGAAAGGCCUUCGGGUUACGCAAGAAAGAGAAGGACACUGACUCCACGGGCUCACCAGACAAAGACAAAUCAAAAAAGGCCAACGGAGCUCCGAACGGUUUCUAUGGAGAGAUAGACUGGGAUCGAUAUAAUUCCCCUGAUGUGGAUGAUGAGGGAUACAGCAUUAGGCCUGGAGAGCAAGGGGGGACAACCCUGAGAACCAAAACCUUCUACUCAUCCAGCGAAUCGGAGGGUGAGGAUGAGCAGGGGAAGAAGUUUAAGAUUAAGAUCAAACCCUUGGCGCCGGACAAUGGUACCGUGCCCACCAUGGAUGAACUGAAAGCCUCUGUGGGCACCUUGGCCAUCUCCCCAUCCCCACUGAGGAGAAGUCCGAGGCGCAGUCCAUGUCAGCUGAAACGAAACCCAUCAAGUGAGGACAUCUCCAGGCCUAGACGUUCCACUCCGACUCCCACUCCAACUCCAGGGCCCGGUCCCGACACCCCCAGCAAGAGGUUAUCGGACAAUGCUUCAGCUUUCUUUGGCCCUCCAUUUGAGACAAACUUCGAAGCACAGAAUUCCGAAGUCUUCAUAGUGGAGCCAGAGCUUUGGUGUCAGUCAACUCCACAGACCACCUCCCCGUUGAACAGACCUUUCCCCACAGGAGCUCCACCUCCUCUUCCUCCAAAGAACAUUCCUGCCACUCCAUCAGCCUUCAGCUCCAGCUCUCUGGAAUCUUCUGGUUACUACAGUGUUGUUCCCAGCGUGAGAGGAGAGGGAUCAUCUUCUGCAUAUCAGGAUGUCCUGUUAUCAGACACCACAGGAGGGCCAGCCAUGCCUGACCUGGACAAUGUCUUCGGGCCUGCUGAAACCCCCAAAUCUGGAACAGAGAUGGUGCAGUCCAGCUGGGUCAGCUUCAGCGAAGGAUCCCCUUCCAGACCUCCACCCCCUGAUGAACCAGCGCCUUCUCCACCUCUCUCAUCUUCCCCUGCGGACUCUCCCCCAACAUCGCCCCUCAAUCUGCCUCCUCCAGACUCGCCUCCUCCUCCACUGCACCCAAUCCCACCUCCAGACUCUCCUCCGCCUCCUCCCCCCUCAAUUUCUCCGCCUCCAGACUCUCCCCUGGCCCCACCCCCUGAGGAGCCAGCCCCACCUCUGCCUUCCACCUUUCAUCUUCUAGAGCCAAGCAUCUCCCCCAGCACCCCUCUCACUCCAGCCAGCCCUGGCCUGCCUCCACUACCCGCUGAACGAUCUGUAUAUGGGCCCGUCCUGCCCCUGCGAGACGAAGCCAGGAGGACCCCGGACUCUGCAGGGCUCAGAGAGGAGCUCCUCGCUUACUCUGGUUCACCCAAAGACCUCUGCACAGGAGGCCUGCGAGGCACUCCACCCCCACUGCCCCCUCCCACAUACAGGAGCGUGGUGGCUUCUCCAGGACCUGGCAGUGGUCCUUCCUCGCCUGCACGUCCUGGCACGCCACUCUCAGCGGGCAGUCCGAUACCACCGCUUCCUCCCCGACCAUCCUCACGACCUAAACUCCCACCUGGCAAACCAAAUGUUGGAGAACUGGCUCGGCCCUUCAGUCCCCCCAUCCACUCAUGGAGUCCUCCUCCUUUCGCUCCUCUGGCAAGAGCAGAGAGCACCUCCUCCAUCUCCUCUGUGACCUCCCUCAGUGCCGCCUCCACGCCCACGCUGGGCCGAGAGCUCAACCUCUCUGUCUCAGCUUGUUCCAGAGGGCCGAGUCCACUCACCAUGGGCCCACAGGACACACUGCCCGUUGCAGCUGCCUUUACGGAGACCAUUAGCGCCUACUUCAAAGGAGCUGACCCCAGCAAGUGUGUGGUGAAGAUAACUGGAGAAAUGGUGCUGUCCUUCCCAGCAGGCAUAACGAGACACUUCUCCAAUCACCCCACUCCACCCGUCCUGACCUUUACCAUCAGCCGCUAUAGCCGACUGGAACAGGUCCUCCCAAACCCUCAGCUCCUCUGCUGUGACACCAUGCCAACUGUCUCCGACUGUAAAGAGUUUUGGGUGAAUAUGCCCAACCUGAUGACUCAUCUGAAGAAAGUGGCUGACCAGCGACCCCAAGCCACAUACUACAACGUGGACAUGCUGAAAUAUCAGGUGUCGACACAGGGCAUCCAGUCCACUCCACUGAACCUGGCAGUGAGCUGGCGUGGAGACGUUAACAGUACAGACCUCAGGAUAGACUACAAAUACAACACAGAGGCCAUGCCCAGCCCCAUGCCCCUCACCAACAUCCACUUCAUGGUGCCUGUGGAUGGUGGCGUGAUGAAAGUGCAAGCCAUGCUGCCACCAGCCACCUGGAACCCAGAAACCCAGAAGAUACUGUGGAAGAUAUCUGAACUCUCACAGAAAUCAGAAAACGGAGGAGUGGGGGCGCUGCUGGGUCGUUUUCAGCUCUCAGAAGGCCCCAGUAAGCCGUCCCAGCUGGCUGUGCAGUUCACCAGCGAGGGCAGCACUCUCUCCGGCUGUGACUUUCAGCUGGUGGGAGCGGGCUAUAGACUCUCUCUGGUCAAGAAGAGGUUCUCUGCAGGUAAAUAUUUAGCAGACAACUGACACUGCUGUUUCAGUGACAGACAAAAUAAUGGCGUCUGGAAUGGAUUGAGGUGGAGGAGUGAGGACACUUUAAAUUUGCCACUGAAGAAACUUUUAAAUCUGUUUUUAAUCCUUGAAGGACAAAAAAAAAAAUCCACAAUAGUUUCUUUUUCGGUGUAAGAUAUCAUCAGUGUGUUUGUGUGUAUGUGUGUAG